UCAUUUCAUUACAAAAAGUCCAACUUAGAAGUUUGUAGUAAAAAUGGAAGGAGAAAAUGGGAGAAAGCUGAAAAUAUUGUGCCUUCAUGGAUUCAGAACCAGUGGCAGUUUUAUUAAAAAGCAAAUCAGCAAAUGGGAUCCUUCUAUUUUCUCUCAAUUUCAUUUGGAAUUCCCAGAUGGAAAAUUUCCUGCUGGAGGGAAAUCUGACAUAGAAGGCAUUUUCCCUCCACCUUACUUUGAGUGGUUUCAAUUCGACAAGGAUUUCACUGUGUACACUAACUUGGACGAAUGCAUCUCAUACUUGACUGAAUACAUCAUAGCUAAUGGUCCCUUUGAUGGUUUCCUUGGCUUCUCCCAGGGUGCAACACUUUCAGCACUUUUGAUAGGUUAUCAAGCACAGGGAAAAUUGCUAAAGGAGCAUCCACCCAUAAAGUUUUUGGUAUCAAUAUCAGGAUCCAAAUUUAGAGAUCCUAGCAUAUGUGAUGUAGCAUACAAGGACCCUAUCAAAGCUAAAUCUGUUCAUUUUAUUGGUGAAAAAGAUUGGUUGAAAAUUCCUUCUGAGGAACUUGCCUCUGCAUUUGACAAACCACUUAUAAUAAGGCAUCCUCAAGGUCACACUGUUCCAAGAUUAGAUGAAGUGUCUACGGGUCAAUUGCAAAAUUUUGUUGCAGAAAUCCUAAGCCAACCAAAAGUUGGUGUCUCAAUUUGUGAGCAUGAAAGCAAGGUAGAAGUUGAUGGUACCAAUGGAGACAAAGGUGUAAAUGGAGUGGAAAUUAACCAGGGAAAUGCUGAGACUGUAGAGGUGGUUCAAGCCUGAAGAUUUUAGCUUAUAGAUAAGGCACCUCAGCUUAAUACAAAUUGUGUUUGAGUUGUGAUUCUUCAUGUAGCUUGUAGAAUUAUUCAGGAUUAAAAUAAAAUUUGAUGAAUUCACGUCGAAUCAUGCAUGUUUCAUUUGAAUUAUUGAAUUGAAUAUGAGCAAUUUCUUGUAUCUUUACAA